AUGAGCUCUCAAGCUUUGCUGCGUGUUGACGAGGCGAGGAAUGCCGCCUUUGACAAGGCUCUACAUGGAGACUCCAGUCAAGGUCAGGGUGGCAUCCGUGCCAUGUUGAGUAAGGACAAGACUGCCCGCGCUGCAGCAGUGGAUGAAUACUUUCAGCACUGGGACAACAAGACUGCUGAAGACGAGACAUCUGCGGUUCGACAGGCCAGAACAGACGAUUAUGCCAGCAUCACAAGACAGUACUACAACCUUGCGACCGAUUUUUACGAGUAUGCGUGGGGAGCAUCCUUUCACUUUUGCCGAUUUUCAUAUGGCGAGCCGUUCCAGCAGGCAAUCGCCCGACAUGAGCACUUUAUUGCGAGUCAAAUUGGAAUCAAGCGUGACAUGAAAGUGCUCGAUAUGGGAUGCGGCGUUGGUGGCCCGGCGCGUGAAAUCUCUCGAUUUACCGGCUGCCAUGUCACGGGCAUCAACAUCAACCAGUACCAAGUUGACCGAGCCACCAUGUAUGCCAAGAAGCACGACAUGGCUGACAACUUGGACUUUGUACAAGGCGACUUCAUGAGUCUUCCUUUUCCCGACAACUCUUUUGACGCAGUGUACUCAAUCGAAGCCACGUGCCACGCUCCGUCUCUCGCAGAAGUCUACAGUGAGAUUUACCGAGUCUUGAAGCCCGGCGGUGUGUUUGGUGUCUAUGAAUGGCUCAUGACGGACGCCUACGAUAAUGACAACCUAGAGCACCGCAAGCUCCGACUAGCCAUUGAGCAAGGCGACGGCAUCGCUCAGCUAUUCAGUAUAGACGACGGCAAGCAAGCCAUGGAGUCGGCAGGCUUCGAGCUACAAGUCAGUCGAGACUUGGCAGAGGCCGUCAAUAAGGCCUCGCCGCCUUGGUACUGGCCGCUGGGCAGCGACCUUCGCCACGCCCAGACUGUCUGGGACGCUCUUAUCGUGUUGCGGAUGAACCGUUGGGGCCGCGUGGUAGCGCAUAACCUUUUCGGACUCUUGGAGACGCUUCGCAUCGCGCCGCCGGGAACGAGGAGGACGGCAGACAGCUUGGGUCAAGCUGCGGACGCGCUGGUCAAGGGUGGCAGCGAGAAGCUCUUUACACCAAUGUACCUGAUGGUUGGCAGCAAGCCGACGGUAGGCGAAUCUGGCCAAAAGGCGUAA